AUGGGGCGAAGGGCGACAGAUCGUGCUCGUCUGAUACCACUGUUAUGGUGUUUGCUCGGAUCGCUUGUGAAUACUUCCGUAUUGACCAUUGAUAUAAGAAGGCCUCAUGGUGCCGUUGCCCGCAACCCCUCCUUCAUUCCAUCAGCCCACCUCGGCGGCCGACCGGCAUCGCCACCCGGGUCUGUUGUUUUGACGACGCAUCGAACUGGAAGCACCUCUUCCAACUUCGGCCCCUCUGAAGAGCAGAAGGCCCCUGAGUUGUUGCGGCAGCAAAAGUUCUUCCGUUCUCAAUCCUAUAGAUCACAACAAGGGACCCCUACCGGCGUAUGGAGUGGGAACGGCGAAACGCCGAGCCUCCUGCAGGCCCGGCAACAACAACAUCCACAACAGGAACAUAAUCGAGAGCACAAAAGGCCGCAUGGGAGGCUUGCUCGUAUCCGCAUGGUCUUAAGCGUAACUCGCGGCGAUGAGAGUCCCGACGAAACUGAGGCCCUCACCAAUGAGGAGUCUUCCACCCCUGGAAGCGUUGAUGUCUCUACAACAAGCACUUCAGCAACAGAAACAGCAUCACUGCCAGAACAGGCAGAAUCACCAAUUGCCCCUUCCGAAAAACCUGAUCAGGGUCAGGAGGCGGAAGAAUGGCAUGAAGCACCAACGCCUGAGCAGGCUGGAGCGGACGCCGAAGAGUGGUAUGAUGCACCUGAGGCGAUGAGUCGUAAGGCUUCCACUGCACGCAGUUGA